GGAGACGAGAUCGAGAUCGCGAGGGCAUCCAAGUUAGUCGACCAGGCAUGGUUGCGCACGAGAGAGGCUGAGCUGAAGAAGGCUGAGGACACAGGAGACGAGAUCGAGAUCGCAGAGGCCCUCUUUAGCGUCAGGGUCGCAGAGCUGAAGGAGGCUGAGGACACAGGAGACGAGAUCGAGAUCGCGAGGGCAUCCAAGUUAGUCAACCAGGCAUGGCUAAGCUUGUCGUCGCGCAAGAGAGAGGCUUAG